AUGGUCCGACAAGUGACGCUCUCGGUACAUGGCAGCUCGGUCGUGCUCGGCGCCAACGGUAAGGCCAUCGGCCUCUACCACCUGCAGCUGCAGGACGGAGCACGCGUGCGCACGACGCAGGCUCGCUACAGCCUCCUUCGCCGUCACAUCUUCGACGUCUGCAGUGGGUACCCGUGGGUACUAGAUGCAUUCCCUCGCAAAAAGCCGCUGCACAGUGCCUGGAGCACGCUGGUCAUGGCCGAGCGCGAGCAGCAACUGGCGCACUGCUGUGCUCAGAUUUCCCAUAUCUACUUUACAAGCGCGAGCAUUGCGCAGCUGCAUUACUUGUUCGACCAUGCUGACAAUGUCUCUGCGACCAACACCACCUCGGACCGCACCGCCAACGGCAACAAUGACGCGCCCAGAGUGGACGACGACGAGCCCGAUGACGUCGUCUGCGUCAAGAGGCUCAAUGCUGCAAUGCUACAGCUCUUUCCCGAUCUCCAGCUGACCGCGCCUCGGCCGCCGCGCACCGUGCCCGCCAAGCCGCACGAACCUGCGCGCUGCGCAAAUCAUCUCGACGGCAACCAUGCGCAUCGCUUCACGCCCAGCCACCAGGACCACCAUGGAAACGUGCGCGGGUACGAGACGUGGCUGGCCGCCCCGCUUGUCCAAGCCGAGUUUGAUCCGGACAAGCUGAUGGCCAUUCUUCGCCACCACGUCGACGAACAAUUAGCAAACAAUUCGUUCUAG